UGAAAAUAUAGGUAUGAGGGAAGUCUGUGGUGGGAGCACGUGAAAGGGAAGAUUUUGUGUUGCGGUGGGAUUGAAAUUGAGAAAUAGACAAAAUGUUGUUCGUUUGGAAAUACGUUGGUCGUAAGGCUUUUGAUUCUACUUACCAUGUAACGGAAUCGGCGAGUAAACAUCAGUUUAGUACGCUUCUGAAUAAGGUCGCUACACCGGCUCUUGGCGCAAACCAAAAUGUUACGCAAUUUAGGCACAAAUCAGAAGGUGUGAAAGGGGCUGUAGUUGGUAUAGAUCUAGGCACCACGAACUCGUGUGUGGCAGUAAUGGAAGGCAAACAGGCAAAAGUAAUUGAAAAUUCAGAAGGUGCAAGAACCACACCGUCAGUUGUGGCUUUCACUAAAGAUGGCGAAAGACUUGUGGGAAUGCCAGCAAAGCGUCAAGCUGUUACUAAUUCUGCAAAUACGUUUUAUGCAACCAAGAGACUUAUUGGAAGAAGGUUCAAUGAUGCUGAAGUGCAGAAGGACAUGAAAACAGUUUCGUAUAAGAUAGUUAAGGCAUCAAAUGGUGAUGCAUGGGUAGAGGGCAGUGAUAAGAAAAUGUACUCUCCAAGUCAAAUUGGAGCAUUUGUUUUAAUGAAAAUGAAAGAAACUGCAGAAAGUUACCUCAAUACAUCAGUUAAGAAUGCUGUGAUAACUGUGCCUGCUUACUUCAAUGACUCGCAGCGUCAGGCAACGAAGGACGCUGGUCAGAUUGCAGGCUUGAAUGUGUUGCGUGUCAUUAACGAGCCGACAGCUGCUGCAUUGGCAUAUGGCAUGGACAAAACAGAAGAUAAGGUGGUAGCUGUUUAUGAUCUUGGAGGAGGUACUUUUGAUAUUUCUAUUUUAGAAAUUCAGAAAGGAGUUUUUGAGGUAAAAUCGACAAAUGGAGACACAUUCCUUGGCGGAGAGGACUUUGACAAUGUUCUGGUCAACCAUUUGGUUGCUGAGUUCAAGAAAGAUCAAGGCAUUGAUAUUACAAAGGAUCCAAUGGCCAUGCAACGAUUAAAGGAAGCUGCGGAAAAAGCGAAGAUUGAACUGUCAUCUUCCCUUCAGACUGAUAUCAAUCUUCCUUAUCUUACAAUGGACGCUUCAGGGCCCAAGCACAUGAAUCUCAAGCUAACUCGUUCAAAAUUUGAAAGCCUUGUGGGGGAUCUCAUUAAAAGAACCAUUCAGCCUUGUCAGAAGGCCCUCCAGGAUGCCGAAGUGAACAAGAGGGAUAUUGGAGAAGUACUGCUUGUUGGUGGCAUGACAAGAAUGCCUAAGGUGCAAUCAACAGUACAGGAUAUAUUUGGUAGGCAACCUAGUCGAUCUGUGAACCCAGAUGAGGCUGUUGCUGUUGGAGCAGCCAUUCAGGGAGGUGUUCUUGCUGGUGAUGUAACAGAUGUUCUCCUGCUUGAUGUCACACCUCUGUCUCUGGGUAUUGAGACACUGGGUGGAGUCUUUACGAGGCUUAUAUCACGAAAUACCACAAUACCGACAAAGAAGAGCCAGGUAUUUUCAACUGCUGCUGAUGGACAGACACAGGUAGAAAUUAAGGUCCAUCAAGGAGAACGAGAGAUGGCAGCUGACAAUAAAUUAUUAGGUCAGUUUACGUUGGUGGGCAUCCCACCAGCUCCACGUGGUGUUCCGCAGAUUGAAGUCACUUUUGAUAUUGAUGCUAAUGGAAUUGUCCAUGUUUCGGCCCGAGAUAAGGGAACAGGAAAGGAGCAACAAAUUGUUAUCCAGUCAUCAGGUGGCUUAAGCAACGACGAGAUAGAAAAUAUGAUACGGAAUGCUGAAGCAUUUGCUGCACAGGAUAAGGUAAAGAAAGACCGUGUGGAAGCAGUUAAUCAAGCAGAAAGUAUCACUCAUGAUAUUGAGUCCAAGAUGGAGGAGUUUAAGGACCAAUUACCAAAAGAAGAGUGUGACAAAAUGAAGGAAGAGAUACAGAAAGUUCGUGAACUAGUUGCCAAGAAAGAUGAGACAGACCCUGAAGAAAUACGUAAAGCAGCAGGUUCUCUUCAACAAGCAUCACUAAAAUUAUUUGAAAUGGCAUACAAAAAGAUGGCUGCAGAGAGGGACUCCUCCAGUACUGGAAGUAGUGGUAGCAGUGCAGAUAAACCUGAAGAAGAAGAGAAAAAAGCAAAGAAAGAAGAAUAGAAACAAAUCGAUAUUCCAUUGCAUUAGCAAAAUAUAGUGCAGCUUUCUGCUUGGGAAGCAGAAUCUCUGUACAUAAACUGCUGUAGGUGUACAGUGGGCCACUGACUCCAGUGCUUGAACGUUACGGACAGUGUACAUAAGAUACAUUUCAUGGUCGCAUAUUCACUCAUGGAGUCACUGAAAAUGUGUACAAACUGUGUGUGUGUGUGUGUGUGUGUGUGUGUGUGUGUGUGUGUGUGUGUGUGUGUGUCAAGAGAGAUUUUUGUUAAUGAGUUACUAUCAUUGAAACAUUUGCAACUGCUGUAGAUGUAAUGUUGUAUUUUAAACAGAGCUUAAGUUUUGUUGAGCUGUUUAUUCCUGUAACAGUGUAAACAUAUUAAAGAUUUUUUUUUAUUUCUA